AUGAUUGAUUGCAUAAAAUGUUAUCGUUGUGAAAGUAUUGAUACCCAACAUAAACCGUAUCAGUGUAACGAAUAUUUUGACGAUUCCAAUUUGGAACCUGAAUCCUGUGACGAUGUUCACAACGCACAAUAUUGCAUCAAACAAAUUGGAAAUUUUGAAGUUAUGGGGAUUAAUUGCUUUCAAUGCUCUUCUGCAUGGAAUAUUUCCUGUACUGAUUUAUUAAUAUCGGAUGGUACACUCCUGCCAAAACCUUGCGAUUAUAUAUACGACGCUAAAUAUUGUAUUAAAAUGACAGGGGGUCUCAUGACGCGUCGUUUUUGCUCAUCCCAUUAUUUGGGAAAUUAUUGCAAUUAUGUAAAACAACCCGGAGAUAAAAUGGAGUACAGAUCUUGUUAUUUCACUUGUUCAGGAGACGGAUGUAAUUCUGCACAUAAAACAACGAUUUCAUUCUCAUUUUACGCCAUUUUGUUUUUCAUUUUGUCUUAUUUCUAUUAUUGA